AUGCCUAUCGAUUUAUCUAUCUAUCUGAUUUUAUUCCAUAUCUAUCUCUCUAUCAAUCUAUCUCAUUUUUUCAUAUAUUUCUCUCUCUCUCUCUCUCUCUCUCUCUCUCUAUAUAUAUAUAUAUAUAUAUAUAUAUAUAUAUAUAUAUAUAUCACAAUUUUCGAUAUCUAUCUCAUUUCCUUCGAUAUCUAUCUAUUUAUCUAUCUAUCUAUCUAUCUAGCUAGCUAUCUGAUUUUCGAUAUCUAUCUAGUUUUCUUCGAUAUCUAUCUAUCUAUCUAUCUAUCUAAUCUUAUUCGAUAUCUAUCUAUCUGUCUAAUUUUCUUCGAUAUCUAUCUCGCUAUAUCUAUCUAUCUCAUUUUUUCAUAUAUUUUUAGGACUCUUUUCUUCGACAUCUAUCUUAUAUUGUUCAAUAUCUCUGUCUCAUUUUUUUCGAUAUCAAUAUCAUUUUUUUCGAUAUCUAUUUAUCUAUCUUACAUAACUAUCUCUCUAUCAAUUUCAUUUUUUCAUAUCUUUAUAACUCUCUAUAUUAUAUAUCAUAUUUUCUUCGAUAUCUAUGUAUCUCUCAUUUUCUCCGACAUCUAUCUAUCUAUCUAUCUAUGUAAUUUUCUCCGAUAUCUAUCUAUCUAUCUAUCUAUCUAUCUAUCUAUCUAUCUAAUUUUCUUCGAUAUCUAUCUAUCUAUCUAUCUAUCUAUUUAUCUAUCCAUCUCCAAUGAUUUUGUAGAAAAUGAAAGCAGAUUCUGA